CUCGUUUGGCUCACGUGUAGGAAAUCGAGGGAAAAGUUGUUUUUGUAUGUACGGGCAGAAGUAUGGGUAUAGAAUAAAUCACGUUCGUUUGGUGUUUGUGAAAAUGAAUUUAAUGUUCAACACAUCAGCUGUUAACAACACAGCCUGUUUUUCAAUAAUAGUCAUAUGAUUGGCUCUGUAAACUAGAGGAUGAGACCGGUUUUUCUUGUGUCUGCACUGGGGACACUGCUUUUGGCUCUGAUUUACCAGUCAGAAUGGUUGUCAACAUUUAUUAUUGGUGGAAUAUUGGCGGUUGCUUUAGGAUUGGCAAUCAUGUUUGUUGCUCAUGUGUCCCUUGUGGCAAGAUCAAAUUUUUCUGCUGUGUACACGAAGCCGACACCUCAAUGCAAAACCAUACACCGGUAUCUUACGGAACUUGAGACCAAACUUGAGAAGCCUCCCAGAUUGCCGGUUAUAUUUGGACGGAUGAUUGAUGGAAUACUACAACAGUUGUUGGACUUGAUUCUUCGAGAUUAUGUUGGCGAAUGGUGCAGUGAUGCAGGCUUCAAAUCUGAUGAACUGCUUCAAGAUCUGAAGGUUGACCUGUGGCAUGUGACCAAGAAUCUUGAAGAAAGACUAUCAAAGAUAGAUCAGACUCGACUGGUCGCAGUUGAUAUGGUGAAUGUAGUGACGCACCAUUUUGAACGAAUAAGACAGGCUCAGGCAUCAGUGACAGGUGGGAAGCUGGUGGAAUUUAACCUGUCUGCACACCUGACAUCACCAGACAAAGAGCGAGAUUAUUUACGCCGGGUUUCAGAACGAUGCAUUGCUCUCCUCUUUCCACCAAACUAUGCAGAGUGCAAUCCAGUCAAGCAUUUGUUACGUGAAAUUCUAGCGUGCAAAGUGUUCUAUCCAGUCAUUGAAAUGCUGACUGAUCCAGACUCCAUCAAUCAGAAAAUUCUCACAUACAUUCAGCACCAGCCACAGUCAGAGGCUCUCAGCAAGAAGGCAUAUGUGUACGCUGCAAAUUUUGAAGAUUUUAUAGAAACGAUCAAAAGUUGCAAUGAUACCGAAGUAUUGAAGCAUAUCAGGUAUAACAUUGUUACUGAAAUAAUGCAGGCCACAACAAACCAUAAUUGGAAAAAGUCUAUCAGGAUGGAUCCUGGCAGAGAAGUAUUUUCCUUCAGUACAGGAAAGGGUGAUAUGCUUCAGACAAGACAGGUGAAGCGCUACAUCGGCCAGUUAACAUAUGCAAAAAACCAGUGCGAGAAACGGUUACGUCUCCUGGGCUGGAUGGGUUACCCUGUAGAGGAAGCAGUCGAGGCCAGCACUAUGAUCACCAGGAAGAUAUUAACGCUCUCUGAAGUGCUGGGGAGUGUGAUUGGUCGCAGAUAUCUAACGCAGUUCUUGGAGCAGGUUGGCAGCGUUUCUCUGAUUGGCUACUGGGCCGCAGUGGAGGAACUUCGCCAAACUAGCCGCAGUAGCUGGCAUCAACUUGGAGCAGAGAUAUUCUACAAGUACAUAAACACACCAUCUCCAGACAUCAGAGUAGACAAGCCAGUUCUGAAGAGAAUGGAAGGUUUUCUUCUUGGAGACAAAGGUCCUGAAGUCUUCUAUGAAGUUCAGGAAGAAGUAGUUAAAACUCUUGAAGAGAAAUUCUAUCCUCCGUUUCUUGUUUCUGAGCUUUAUCAGAAGAUGCAGGUGGCCAUGGAAGAGGUCAGCAUCCCAGAGAAAGAUGACUCAGCCGAUGUACAGACACCCUCAGGGAGCAAGAACCCUAACCUGCACAUUGUCGACAAGUCCAAUUAUGCUCGGCGGAAACUCGAUCAACUGCAAGAGAAACUGAGCAAUAAAAUGCAGGCACUGGAAGCACUGAAGACAUCUCUGAAGCCAGAAUCCAGAGUACUUGCAGUGCUAGAGAAGGAAGUGGAGCAGCUGCAAGGGGAAAAGCGGCAGUUAGAAGCACACCUCACCAGAACAGAAGCCUGGGGUGAACAUCUAGGGCAGUGGCGAGCAGUUGUGCAGUCAGCGGAGCUGUCAGAAGACAAGGAAAUGCUGCAGUUUGUGUUGGUGGUGCAUAUUCUGGAAGAUGAGUUAGAUAAUGAUAGUAUUUCAACUGGCUGGGUCGUCCUGAGAAAGCUCUCUGACUUCCAGGCACUCCACCGUGAACUGUGCCAUAUGAGUCCCAGUGUAAAGAGUCUGGAACUUCCUUCUCAGUCACUUAAGUUCCGAUUUGGGAAAGGAACAAGUUCCCUUGAAAAGGCAAGAAUGCAGAUUCAUAAGUAUUUAAAGUUUGUGCUGGAGGAUGACAGGCUGAACCAAAGUGAGGCCCUCUAUACAUUCCUGAGCCCAAGUUCUGCACAUCUGAAGCAAGUUUCACCUUCCCCAAAGAAAUCCAAGUUUUCACUCUCAACUCUCUUCAAGAGCAGUGCAGAGCUAGGUCGAGAAGCAUUUGGUUCCGGUUCCGCUGGCAGAGACAGCGAUGAAGAAGAUGUUACACUCCUCCUGGAUGAUGGUGAAGGAAGGAGCCCUGUGUUGGGAGAGUCAGGCAUGGAUGGGAUUGCAGAGCCUCUGUACAACCUGCUGGGGGAAGUGUUUGACCUACGCGGUGUCUUCAAGUGGCUCAGGAAGACUCUCAUCACAUUCGUACAGAUCACUUACGGGAGGACAAUAAACAGGCAGGUGUGUGAAACAGUGAGCUGGUUGUUCUCUGAACCAAUGAUAUACUAUUACAUCAAACUCUUACUCAAAUCUUGGUGGCCAAAUGGAAAGCUGACAACGGCUCCAUCACCAAGAACAGAAGAAGAGAAGUUAAGCACAAGGUCUGAGGCACGUCAGCAGUUUCUCAGCAACAUUCCUGAAGUGCUGAGUACCCUAGUGGGUCAGCAGAACGCACAGAGGGGGGCCAUAAAGGUCUUUGAGACACUUCAGGACCCAAGAUUAAACAAGCAGCUCUUUUACGAUCUGUUUGAAGUGCUGCUGUCUGCGCUGUGUCCUGAGCUUAAAAAUGAGUGAUAAAGCACAUUCCAGAGUGGCAGUGUGUGUAUCAGUGGCAUAUGGUAUGGUCCAUCUCUGGUAAAUGGGUGUUCCAGAAGACAGGCAGUGGUAGGACGUGGGACAUCUCAAAUAUAACAAGAUUUUAUUUUCACGCUUUUAAAAGUUAAGAGUUUUAUCUUCUGGGAUACAUGCACUUGUGAACCCACCUCUCUGCCUUGUCUGUUGCUUGGGCCAUGCAUCCAGUGCGCAUAUAUUCCACCUAUCAUUCCUCCCUUUAUCUCCCGUCCCUGGUGGUAAGCAGCUCACUGGUAGUUGAUACCUUGCAUCGGGAGGUUGACUUCGCAGUUUCGUGUGGUUCCUUUGAAAAAUUGUUCUGGUUUGCGGGUGUCUCCUGAUCAGGCAGUCUGGCCCAUCCAUUAUUUGCUGAAGUUUUAUAUUUUUUUAAAUGAACGGGGGGAUUUUACCUCAAGUUUCUUCUGGCUCACCUUGUGAUUCUUUCUUUCAUUUUUUCUCUGGCUAAGAUAUUAUUUGCUCAGGAAUGAGCUUUUCCUAUGUUUUAUCUUGUGUCAUUAAAUAUAUGCAUAUAAUUUAUUGAUAUUCUGUUUACUGCUUUCAUGUGUUGUGUAGUUUGUAUGCCCCCUCCCACUAAUUGUCUCCAUCUCAUUCAGUCCACAGCAGUUCAAGUGGUUUACCCAUGUAACCAAUGGGAUGGUGAUGGUGCACUGUGUAGAUAUCCCAGAAGCAAGAUCUUGUUUCAGCCCCUUUAAAAGUUUAAGGGUUCCGUCUUUUGGGUUAUGAAGCCAUGUAGGUAUCCCAGAAGAAAGAACUCUUCAUCAACACUGCUAUGAGAACCUGAAAAGUGUCUGGGUGAGUGUUGAAAGUGGGCGUUGGUGAAGAGUGUGAGAACAGCAGUGCAGACAACCCACAUUGCUGUUAAAAAAAGAAGUGGGAGAAACUAUUCAGUGAGACCAUACUUUUUUUUUAUUUCUAUGUGAAAUACAUUCCUCUGGUCUGAGCACUGAAUUGUGAUGAUGUGGUUUCUUGGAAUUUGAAGACGGAACCCUUUUGAAGAUCAUGAAGCAGGCGAGUUUUAAUAAGAAUGCUUUCAAGGCCGCUUGGUCUCUCUUAAUUUUAUGUUUGUCUACAGUAUUACUCUUUUGAGGGCUGAUAAGGAAACUUCAGCUGAUGUAGUUAUGGAUAGGACUGUCAGUGCUGUCAACUUGUAUACUUUUUGCAUUACCAUUGUAAACUGUUUUUCUUCAUGCCAGUUGUGAAGAAACAGUGAAGCAUUUUAAAAGUUAAUAACCUGUUUCUCCACUAGAGCGUGACAGAGUAUGUGUGACCAAUCUGUUCAGUUUGCCAUGGAGCAAUGGGCAGUGAGGGAGUGUAUGUAAGCUGUACUUACUUAUGGAGCUAAGCCCUUCUUGAGGACAAUCCAAAUAUGCAGCUACUCAAGAAUUUCCCAGCA